AUGCUUGAAGUGGCAAAGAAAGGUAAUCGCUUGCGAAAUCGAUCCGCGAAUGGUGGCAGAGUUAAAGAAGCCCCUCUUCAAAGUAAAUUGGAAGUACGUCAUGGUGACGUCAUGAAAACCGAAUGGCCAUUCUUUGAUGUGUGUGUAGCGAACCUACCGUAUCAGAUCUCAUCUCCCUUUACGUUUAAGCUGUUGUUACAACGGCCACUUCCAAGAUAUGCGGUGCUGAUGUUCCAGAAAGAAUUUGCAGAUCGAUUGGUAGCAAAACCAGGCGAUAAAGAUUACUGCCGAUUAUCUGUGAAUGUACAGCUUCUUGCAAAGAACAGAGUGUUAAUUGAUUUCAUAACCUUGCGUGCUUUUUUCCAACUGUUGAAACACCUCAUGAAGAUCAAAAGGACCGAAUUCCGCCCUCCUCCUAAGGUCGACUCAGCGGUGGUUCGUAUUGCACCUAAGAAUCCACCUCCUCCUAUCAAUUUUGACGCUAUACCGAAGGAUUUCAAUAUCAAAAAACUUGUUGAAGACACACUAGUGGAGGCAGGCUUUGCUGAAAAGCGUGCACGUUCAAUGUCUAUUGAAGAAUUCCUAGCUCUUCUCCUCGCUUUCAAUAAGGCAGGGAUCCAUUUUCACUCCUAG